UUUUAUUUACUUGGUAUGAGUCCUAGGUUGAUCACGGUGACCACCAGCGUCCACAUGAUCAGCCUCUGGAGGAGUAACAUUUCGAUCACUUUCUCGAUCUGACACAAUCGACGUAACACGCGCUCGGAUGAAAGUUGUUCGAAAGUUUUGCGCGCCGAAUAAUUUAUUCGCGCAUUCAAACAACGCGGUGUUUCGGUAUUGUCGCGUGCGCAACGCCGUUCGUCUGCAGUCGUCGGUGAGCAUCCGUCAAGUACGCAUCAAAUGUAACAACGCGCUGGUAGGCAACCAAAAAGCCACCACUAAUAAAUAAUAAAUACGUUUUUAUUAUUAUUAAUACUUCAAAAUGGAUUCGGGCCGUCCGGAUGUUUUAAUCGCGGUGUUUGCGUGCGUUCUGUGUUUCAUUAUUGCCGUGGUGAAAAUUUACACGAAAAAUGAUGCAUCGCGCGGCGGUGGUGGUGAUCGAGAAGUCAAACAACGCGCUGGCAAUUCCAACGGAAAUUCAGCGAAAAAACAUGCGCACGGAGAAAAACCCAAAGAAAAGCCCAAAUCGAACCAGCCGAAGACGAAGAAACAGCCGGAAAAGGAUAAGGAGAAAGAGGUGAAAGAUCCUUGGUUAUUCACCACCUUGAAAGGUCAUACAGGCAUCAUCAACAGCAUGGAUUAUUCAACCAAUGGGAAAUACCUUGCAACAUGCGCAGGCGUUGUCCAUCGUCAUCGCAAGCCACCGCCCCUGGAGACACUUCUACGACCCUAUGUGCUGACCCCAUCACAACUCUGCACAUUCGGCUACCCGAUAGAAAGCGGCCUGCAUCCUGGACAAGUAAUCAUCUACCGCCAUGCUCGCCGCCAGAGGAAUUUAGUCACCUACAACGUCAAAGCCCAACUGAAUUCAUCCGGUGGAUCAAGCGCCAGUAGCGGUAGCGGCAGUGGAAGUGAUUCCGACGAUGGAUUCACCAGCAUCCCAACCAUUCCUAACUUCAUCCAAGGAAUGACCACCGAAAGAAAAUGCACGCGGUGUUUCCGCGGGUUUUUCAUCACCAACAACGAGUAUCUAACACAGGAAAAGUGUGUUUAUCACUGGGGCAAGUUGCAAUCGCAUGGAUACACAUGCUGUGGAUCAAUGCAGUCUGCUGGAUGCACCGCAGCAACUUCCCACGUCUGGCAGGGUGUUACUUCUGGAUGUAACGGCCCGUACGGAGAUUAUAUCCGCAUGCCACCGCCGUAUCCACUGCAGCCAGGUCAUCAGUCUGUGGUUGCGCUCGAUUGUGAAAUGUGCUUCACCGUCGAGGGUCUUGAACUAUCCAAGGUGACGUUUAUCGCCGCUGACGGUAGUGUGCUGUACGAUAGCUACGUGCGUCCGGAGAAUCGAAUCGUUGACUUUAAUACUCGCUUCUCGGGCAUUACAAGUGAUGAUAUCUACGGGCCGACUUCAUGUGCGAAGUCGUUGAGUGAUGUGCACGCGGACAUGGCGCGGUUUAUCACCUCGGCGACGAUUCUCGUCGGCCACGGGCUGGAAAAUGAUCUCAGAGCACUCAAACUCAUCCAUGAGUGUUGUAUUGAUACGGCGAUUGUGUUCCCGCAUAAAUUUGGUGUGCAUUGUCGCAGGAGUUUGAAGAGUUUAGCUGCCAGUAUCCUCGGAUGGGAUAUACAGACAUUAUCAUCAGGACAUGAUAGUCAUGAGGAUGCUUUUGUUGCGAUGGAACUGAUUUUGUGGCGUGUGCGUAAAGAUCUUCAACAGAUGCAAGUGAAUGUGCAUCAUGGACCGCAACUGAUCGCGUUUAAAACUUUGUAAUUCUGCUUAGUGAUUGAUUGACUAUGUGAUGAUUUUGACAAUUGACAAUUUUUUUAAUUUAAUUUUUAACUUAUUUAUAUUGUGAUUUGUUUGCGCAACAAGUUGGGCCUUACGAAAAAGACAAUAAUUUUUAUACACUCAAACACAAAA